AGGAGUCGGGUCCAUCAGACCCGAUAUCCAUCACAAGCCCUCUAGUUUUCUGGCGACAUGUCGCUAGAAAACUAAUGAUGAGCCGCCUUCGGUUUUCAUUUCGGAUUAGAAACAUCGCACUCGUGUGCCUUGGGUCCCUCCUUUCAACGGAUAUAACCCCUUAUGGACUCGUCUUCUCCCUCCUCUGAAAUGGCUCCUGUAGAUCCCGCAACCUGGACGCAUGAAUCCUCUAUCAUCAAGGAGGACGAACUUCGAGAAGUGGCCGUACUUCAGGGCAAAAGUUUCCGGGUCCACCAUCCUGACGCUGUCGGUGGAAUUAGUUUAUCCCACAACCCAAACCCUCAGAAGUAUAUGGUCAUGCACUAUCACUCUGUGGAGAAUGGGUUCAGAUUACCCCUCCAUGGUCUACUCCACGACAUCUGCCGCCAUUUCGGAUUUGCUCCUGGCCAGUUGACCGCCAAUGCGCACAAGUAUGUUGCGUCCUAUAUCUUGGGGUGCUGUGCCCUGGACAGAACCCCGACACUGGACGAAUUCCUCAUCUUCUUCAGUACUGGUGGGCCUUUCCCUUAUUACAACCUAUUUCCUCAUCCCCAUGCUCUAAUCUUUGAGAGGGUUGAGUUUAAACACGACAAAUGGUCCCACCGCUACUUCGUCGUUGAGUUCCCGGUUCACAACCCCUUAGAUCUGUCGAGUGUCGUUCUCCGUAGUUCUAUUUCUCGGACAAAGUUCGCUGCAGUACCCCUGGCGGAGGCAGCAUACUACGCCUUGAGAGAGGAAAGGGGUUUGAUUCCACAUCACUCCCUUCAAGACGCAAGGUUAUACAAGAAGGCGGAUCUUUACUACCCCCUGGAUCCUGACCCCAUCCCGUUUGAAGGGGUGUAUUCCCCUAAAAGGUCAAAGGCUCCUCCUGUUGUGGAAUCCAAUCAGUCGAGAUCUCUUCCGGGAACCAGGCCCAAGAAACGGCCACGGGAAGGAGUCACUGAUGAUGACUUCUUUCCCAAGAAGAACAAGUAUGAGGGUACUCCCACUUUGCCCAGCCCCCUGACCACAUCUUCUGGUACCCAGAGUACCGCCCCUGCUGCCGCAUCCGGAGGUAUGGAGUUACCCAACCCGGAUAACUUAGAUCGUGAGGGGGAUGAACUUCUGGACCAAUCAGCACUCAAAAGACCUACACUGCAGCCUCAGCUUGAGGUGAUCAAUACCUCUCCACUAGGCGCAACCAUUUCCCAAGGGAUAGAGGAAGAAGCUGACAGGCAGAAAGAGCCGGAGACUUCUCCUGCGAGAGAGAAGGAGGUUGAAGUGCAGAAAGAAUUGGAUGCUUCCUCCACGAUGGAGAAAGAAGCUGAAGAGCAAAAAGCUGAAAGGUCCAAGGUCAAGUCCCUGCAAGAGCAGAUUACUACUUACCAAAGGGGGACCCAGGACCUUGAAGCGCAGUUUGACAGACUCCGGGCACAAAUCUCUAUCCUAGAGUCAAGGGUCUCAGCUUCAGAAGACAAGGUAGGGAGUCUAAAGACUGAGUUGGUUGAAAGGGAGUCCCGGAUCUCUGAGCUUGAGAGUUCCCUCCAUGACGCCAAGCAAGAGGGCUCCCAUCUUAACAACCUCGUGAUAAAACACAUAGAGGCGAAACGGCUUAUCCUCGGGAAGUUGGAGAAAGAGAGACAGACUGCCCGCGAGCUCCGAUCAAGGAUGGGUGAACUGGAGAAGACAAUAGCUGCUCAUCAAGGGGAGGUGGCUGCCCUGACCACCAUCUAAAAUGCCUAAAAUUUACUACAUUUCUCAUUUAUUGUAAGUAGAAGUUGUUUUGAAAGUUUUUUUUGCAUUUGAGGCGGGAUAGAAGUGUUUUAUGAGACGCGCAAAAUAUGAAACAGGAAGAUCUUUUUGGGACGGAGGGAGUACUUUGUAACAUUUAAAUGGUAGCAACUCGACAAUGCUUGUGACAUUUUAUCCUUUGUCAUUAUCUCUUUCAUAUCCACGUUUCUGUAGACUCCUUCCUUUGGGCAAACUGUUUCUCCUUUUGGGAUUCUUAUCUCUCUCUAGGACUUAGCAGAAUUUUAUCCGCUUCAGUUUUGGGUUUAACCAUGCUUAUAAAGUGCUGUUUUUCCU